GAUCUUUCUUCACUCUUCAGUGUUUCAUCUCUCCUACUGAAACACCGAUAAGCCUUCUUUGAUUUCUUGACUUCAUUUCUUCUUGGUCCUCCCCAUUUUUAUGAUUUCCUGGUGGUAUCAGGAAUGAGUGAUCUGUCUUAGCCCACCUAUCAUUGAAAAAGCAAAUGGGAUUUAGAUAAUUCGCUGUUUUCUCCUCUUCGUCCUCGGAUCUGGGUUUUGGUUUUUUAAGUUCAUACCCAAGUAGAAAACAGAAGACGAGAGUUUGGAAUUAGUGUUUAGAGUUUACCUCCUUCGUGAAUUGUGGUAAAGGAAGAAACUUUUUGGGGUGUUGGGGAAAUCGGAGAUGAUUCAGCUACUGUUUAUGGUGCUAUUUGUAGAGGGUGCUAUUGCAUUCUUAUUGCUGAUUAAGAUUGGUCCUUUGAGGGAGCUUGUGAUUAAAAGCCUUGACCAGCUGAAGAUGGGGAAAGGUCCUGCCACUGUGAAAACCAUCGCUGGAACCAUGUCUGUUAUACUCUUCUCCAACUUCAUGAGCAUCGUCAAGAUCCAGAACAAAGGUGCAAAGCUCGGCACAAUGUCUCCCAUGGAUCAGGUCCUUUGGAGAACUCACUUGCUUGAAGCUUCUCUAAUGGGAGUCGUACUUUUCCUCGGCUUCAUAAUUGACAGGAUGCAUCAUUACCUGAGAAAGCUAAUCAAUUUAAGAAGCAACGUCGGGUCAUCGAAAGAAGAACUUGAACAGCUUCAGAAAGAGAGAACGGAACUGAAGGAGAAAGAGGAGAAAGCGUCCAAGGAAAUCAAGCAGCUGCAAGAAAAACUAUCAUCUAUUUCAGAGAGACUUAAGAAAGCAGAGAAUGAGUCGAAAGAGAAAGAGAAGAAGCUCGAAACCGCUGAAACCCAUGUCACGGCUCUCCAAAAACAGUCUGCAGAGCUGCUUCUGGAGUAUGAUAGAUUGCUUGAAGACAACCAAAAUCUCCAAACUCAAAUUUUGGGGAAAACAAAGAGAUAGUGUAAGAAUUGUUGGGUUUGUCAUUUAACAAGGUUUUUUUUUUUGGGAGUGUUGUUAACAAAUUUUGUGGGAUUCUUGUUUUUAGUAUAUGGAUGGAUGUUGAAUGUCUUCUCUGAAACUUGGUUCUUGUUA